AGGCGCCGGGCCCGGCCGAGCGCGGAGCGGGGAGCGGCGGCCGCGCGCCCGGCGGUCCCGGGGGAGCAGAUCCUCCACAGAAUGGCCCUUGGUACUGCAGGUGCAGUGGGCUCUGGGCCUGGGUACCAAGGGGGCACUGGAUGACUCCCCUGCUGCAGGACCCUGCCACCUAUGACUCCAGGCCUUCAGCACCCAUCCGCCGUGGUACAGCGCCCCGGGAUGCCGUCUGGAGCCCGGAUGCCCCACCAGGGGGCGCCCAUGGGCCCCCCGGGCUCCCCGUACAUGGGCAGCCCCGCCGUGCGACCCGGCCUGGCCCCCGCGGGCAUGGAGCCCGCCCGCAAGCGAGCAGCGCCCCCGCCCGGGCAGAGCCAGGCCCAGAGCCAGGGCCAGCCGGUGCCCACCGCCCCCGCGCGGAGCCGCAGUGCCAAGAGGAGGAAGAUGGCUGACAAAAUCCUCCCUCAAAGGAUCCGGGAGCUGGUCCCCGAGUCCCAGGCUUACAUGGACCUCCUGGCGUUUGAGCGGAAACUCGAUCAAACCAUCAUGCGCAAGCGGGUGGACAUCCAGGAGGCCCUGAAGAGGCCGAUGAAGCAAAAGCGGAAGCUGCGUCUUUAUAUCUCCAAUACCUUUAACCCCGCGAAGCCCGACGCGGAGGACUCCGACGGCAGCAUCGCCUCCUGGGAGCUGCGGGUAGAGGGGAAGCUCCUGGAUGACCCCAGCAAACAGAAGCGGAAGUUCUCUUCCUUCUUCAAGAGCCUGGUCAUCGAGCUGGACAAAGACCUUUACGGCCCUGACAACCACCUAGUUGAGUGGCACCGGACGCCCACCACCCAGGAGACAGACGGCUUCCAGGUGAAGCGGCCGGGAGACCUGAGUGUGCGCUGCACGCUGCUCCUCAUGCUGGACUACCAGCCUCCCCAGUUCAAACUGGACCCGCGGCUGGCGCGGCUGCUGGGGCUGCACACACAGAGCCGGUCGGCCAUCGUGCAGGCGCUGUGGCAGUACGUGAAGACCAACAGGCUGCAGGACUCCCACGACAAGGAGUACAUCAACGGGGACAAGUACUUCCAGCAGAUUUUUGAUUGUCCCCGGCUGAAGUUUUCCGAGAUCCCCCAGCGCCUCACAGCUCUGCUGUUGCCCCCCGACCCAAUUGUCAUCAACCACGUCAUCAGCGUGGACCCAUCGGACCAGAAGAAGACGGCGUGCUACGACAUAGACGUGGAGGUGGAGGAGCCGCUGAAGGGGCAGAUGAGCAGCUUCCUCCUGUCCACUGCCAACCAGCAGGAGAUCAGCGCUCUGGACAGUAAGAUCCAUGAGACGAUUGAGUCCAUAAACCAGCUCAAGAUCCAGAGGGACUUCAUGCUAAGCUUCUCCAGAGACCCCAAAGGCUACAUCCAAGACCUGCUCCGAUCCCAGAGCCGGGACCUCAAGGUGAUGACAGACGUGGCCGGCAACCCGGAGGAGGAGCGUCGGGCCGAGUUCUACCACCAGCCCUGGUCCCAGGAAGCCGUCAGCCGGUACUUCUAUUGCAAGAUCCAGCAGCGCCGGCAGGAGCUGGAGCAGUCCCUGGUGGUGCGCAACACCUAGGAGCCUGCAGAGGGGCCCUGGGCCUGCCCGCCCUGCCCCGGGGCUCUGCGCCCCGCGCCCAGGCCAGGCGGGGAACUGGAUUAAAGGUCAUGCAUCUGCUGGCAGCCGUGUGGUCAUUGGCAACCGGGGAGGGAGGUGGCAGGGAAGGCAGUGGGUCCGCCCACCCGCCCUCCGACUCUUCUUGCUCUUUUCCCUAGACCUAAAAACAGUCUGGCAGAGACAUUUUUAAUAACAUUUUCUUAUUAAAAAAAUACAGCCACAAGCUCUCCAUCUGUCCAUCCAUC